CACAGUGAGAAAUCGGCCGAAUUGGACGCGACACGCGACGUCCAUGUGGUUAACAUAAAUAUUUAAAAUUCUACGUAUCCAAACCAACGGUGGUAUUGAAUUCAUCUUUUGGUACGACCAACGAAGGAUGACGAAAUCCCAUUCAGAGUGAAAAGAAGGAGCUUGUAUCUUGAAUCGAAAUCCAGUUAAACAGUGCAAAGUAUGAUUAAUCAUGGCUGAUUUACACGAGGAUAUAAAAAGAAUGACGCAAAUACCAUCGACGUAUGAACCUGCAACAUUUUAUCCUGUAAAAGAUCCGCGAAGGGGCCAAAAAGAUAAAAUUCACAAACGUGGACACCGCCAAAAAAAUAUAGAAUUGAUAGAAGAAAGUGACACAAGUGGUCCAACUAUGGUCUCGGGUGACUUUCCAUUUGAAUAUGAAAUCACAUCUAGCAUUAGAGCAGCAAAUGGGGGAAUGGACUAUUCUAAUCAGUUUUUAGAAAAUGAGUGGAAAAAGAAUAAUUUAGAAAAAAGUUUAACAUCGGAGAGUUUGGACACCUCAAGUUCUUCGGUAUCGCCUGAUAUACUGAGUUGUAAAGAAGAUGAUAAUUUAACUAUGGAAUGUGAAAGAGAUAACAAGAACAAUACCACUUUCCGCUACAAACGAAAUGCUUUGAUAAAAGGACUAAUAAAGAAUAAUAUAAUAACGUUAUUGGAGCUUGACAUAAAUGAGGAACAGAAUUCUUCGUCGUCCAUAAAUAACAAAGAAGGAACUAAUGGGUUGGCUAACGACAAUGAAUUCUUCAAUUCAAAUGAUCCAGGCUUAACUGAAAGUGAUACGAGUGUUUUAGUGCCUAAUCCUGAAGAUGAAGAUUUUUAUUGUACUCCGUUGCAAGCAUUUGGCACAUUAGACAGUAACGGUGUUGACUUCACUGUAGAAUAUGUAGGAAGAAAAGAAGUUGUUACAUCGAGGCGAUAUCUCAUCAAUCAAGUUGAUGAUUCAUUUUUUGAAUUUAAGAAAAAAUCUAGACAGAGUACAAAUGAGCCACAUACCAACCACUCUACGUAGUAACAGAAACAACGAAAUAAGUUUUAUUAGGAAUAUUGUUUAAUAGUUUUAUUCAACUUUCUCAGUAUGUUUAGAAAUAACAAUGUAUUCUUUGUAAAUAAGUUGACAAAGACGCAUGUUCAAGCAGACUUAUAUGUAUAAGCAUAUAUACUCAGCUAAUAUCAUGUAGGAAGUAAAAAAAAAAUUGCAUUAUAUUUGACAGCAGUCACAUAAAAAAUCUAAUUUGACCAAAAUUAUUAAAUAUUCGUAGUUGGCACAGUUUGUUUUUAUAUCUCAAAAAUGUCAUCUUGGGUUAGAAUCUCAAAUUUUACUUCUGUCGAAUUCGAAGAGUCUCUCAAAGGACUUUCUAAUUUCGUGCCUUAUACGAUAUAUAAUUGAUAAGAGAAAGUAGGAGUUAUAAUUAAGGUUCGACUGAGUAUAAAUAUAAGUUUGAUAGAAUGUUUAACGUUUUUAAACAUAAAGGAAUUUAUGUCAAUAUAUUUCAUAAUUCCGAGGGAAAGUAUGAUUAAAGUAAUUAUUAUAAUUGUAAUAGACGCAAUAAUGAUGAUAAAGAAGAUAAUCGUAA